CUCUCUCUCUCUUCCGUCUCACCAUCCGCCGUUCGAAUCGAAUCCACAGAAAGUCCGUUCCUGAAAGUGAUGUCGUCACUUAUGUAAAACAUCUUUUGUGGGCGGCCACGAAUUCAAUGGAGAGAGAGGUAGCUCGAGAGUAGCUUAGCUGGUUUUUUCUUCGUUGUAAAGUUCUUCGCUUUGAACAAGCAAAAAGUAUUAGAGAGCUGAUCAACAAUGCCGUUGACGAGGUACCAAGCUCGGAACGAGUACGGUUUAGCAGAUCCGGAUCUGUAUCAAGCCGCCGAUAAGGAUGACCCCGAAGCUCUGCUCGAAGGAGUCGCCAUGGCUGGCCUCGUUGGUAUAUUGCGUCAACUCGGUGAUCUCGCCGAGUUUGCUGCUGAGAUGUUCCAUGACUUGCACGAAGAAGUAAUGGCGACUGCUUCUAGAAGCCACGGUCUUAUGGCUCGUGUUCAACAGCUCGAAGCAGAAUUCCCUUUCGUAGAGAAGGCAUUACUGUGCCAGACCGAUCAUUCACCAUUUUUCUCUAAUAAAGGUGUGGAAUGGCAUCCGAAUCUACAACUGGAGCAGAGUGUGGUUACACGUGGUGACUUACCCCGCUGUGUAAUGGAUUCGUAUGAGGAAUGCCGAGGUCCUCCAAGGCUAUUUCUUCUGGACAAAUUUGAUAUUUCGGGAGCUGGGGCAUGCUUGAAACGCUACACCGAUCCAUCAUUUGUUAGGCACGAAACAUCUUCUUAUGAAGAAGCAUCAUGGGAUGAUAUUCAGAGAGAGAAGAAAUCACAAAAGGCAAAGAGGAGAGCAUCUCAUGGGAGGAAUGGUGGAACACCUGAAAAUGCACUAACAUCACAUGCCAAAUUGCAUGAAUUAUUUUUGGAGGAGCAUUUAGAGGCUCAUCAUCAUUCAGAUCCAGCGCGAGUUGUGAAGUUGAAAACUAGAAAACUGGAUGGAUAUUCCCUCAUUUCAAAAUCAGGGGAAAGCUACAUGGAGAAAUUUGUGCAGACAUCUGUGGAUAAUAAAGCAGGUUAUGAAAUAAUUACCCCAAACCACCCCGAAUUGUUGACAUGGAAUAUGGAUAGUGCUAGAGACGUAGUAACCAAUAUACCGGAAAUCAGAAUGGUGGAUGCUCCGGGAAAGUCUCACGGCGGAAGCAGAGCAGAGGUUUCAUUACCAAAUGAGCAGGAAGAUGUGGGUUUUAUUGAAAAAGACAUAGAGACUGUGCCUGAAUCUACUCACAGUGAGUUCCAUGGUACAACUAUUACAAAGGAUUCACAGACUACUAUGAAUGGAAAGAAAGGAUUUCUUCAAUAUAGGAGUUAUUCUGAAGAUUUAACCAGUGAGGCUGAAAAUUAUGUGGAUGCACCAGCUACCAUGGAGUCGGAAACAGAAACAGAGGAUGAAUGUGGUAAACCUAAGCAUGGAUCAGGUGCUUCGAUGGCUGAGAAUCAUCAUACAUAUACUGAUGUGGAUGAAGAGAAGAUGGAGGACCCACCUGAAUUUUCAUUUCUACAUUCAGUUGGAAACACACCAGUAUCAGAAAAUGGGCAAAGCUCGUUUGGUAAACGGAGCACUAGUUUUUCUUACUCGGACUCUGCAAGCGCAUCCAUUGAUGAUCAAUCUGAUGGAGAGAAAUUUUCUGGACGUCUACCUUCUACUUCUAGUAUUAAGAGCGAGCUGGUGGAUUCCACGUCUCAACCAACUCCUGAAGCCAACAAAGUUUCUCAGGAUUUUAUUGUUCAGGAAUCAGUUAGUAGCAGCAAUGCAGAUGGCCAGACAUCAUUUCGUUCGAAUGAUACAUGUUCAAGUCCAAGGCAAGUUUCUCAGAAUGCUCAAUCAUGUUCACUGACUGUUCAAUCGUUAGCACCAGAAGUCAUUGAAACUUCUCGACAAGAUGGUAAACUUAAUCUGAUUAAGGGAGGUAGUGAUGGAAGCGAUGUGGAUCCAAUUGAUUGUUCAAGAUCUGGUGCGUCUGUUGAUAUUAAAAACUCUAACUUCCCUUCUGAAACUUCGUCAAUCAGUUCAAAUUCUGAAGGAAGUAGAUACGAUACUUCCAUUGAGAAGAACUGUAUGGUUGAUUAUUCUUCAAAUUUAUUAGACUCAGGCACUAGUUCUCAACUGUUUGUUGAUAGUCAAACAGGUAAACAGUUACCUGUCGCUGAUAAUGAUGUUGAGACAAAUUCUACAGUUGCUUGUUCUAAAGUUUUAGCAAACUCUGGGAGCGAUACUACAAGCUGUGAUGGUAGUAGCCUAUCAGGAAAACUGUUACCUUGGUCAGCUGAGAUGGGGAUGGAAGUUUCACAUGAUAUGCCCUCUAACGUUUGUGAUCCAGGUUCAGUAGAUGAAAUUCACUUCGAAGAUACUCUUGAUGGUGAAACCGAUUGCGUUACGGUGACUAAUGCAGUUGUUGGCGUUGAUUCUCAAAAUUCAGUUGCUGACGCUAAUGCUCAGAGUUCAGUUGAUGGCGUUGACUCUCAUAACUCAGUAGCUGAUGUUGAUUAUCAAAGUUCAGUUGCUGAGAUCUCCAAUGAACAUUCUUGUGCCUUUGGCACCACUGCUGAUGUAUCUGUAUCAGAGUCCCAUGAAGACACAUUGGAGAACGGAAUGCCUGCUGAACUUGAUGGUAAGCUGACUUCUGAUUUAAACUCAGGAGAGAAAUCGGUGGGAGAUGCUUCACUUGAUUGUAGCAAAUGCGAUGAACAGAUCUCUGAUAUACAUACUGAAUUUCAUUCCAGUGAUAUGCAUGAUGAAGGCUUUCAUGACCUUCCAGGGUUGGACAAAGCAGGUACACACAUUGUCCCGAAUGAAGAGCUUGAUGUGCCUGGUAAUCACGCUAACACUUCCGGUGAUGAGGUUAUCCAUGAUGUUAGCCUGUCAUCUACUAGUUUGCCUUGGAUUUCGACCAAUACUUCUCGAUCGUCUUCUGAAGCUGGAGAUACUUGCCAUGAUACAGGUGUGGAGUCUAACGGGACUCUACCAGCAGAAAAUAAUCCAGAGCCAGAGAAAAAUUUGGAGAAAAGCCCACUGGAAGUAUCUUCAGAAGGUUUGGGUACUGCCCUAGACAAUAAUGACCUGGCAAACUGUGAAUCUAUAAGUCACAUGACAUAUCUGGAUCAAAGUGACAGAGACCCAGAAACCAGAUCUCCUCAGAAGAGCAUUCUUGAUGAUAAAUGCAUAGAUUCUUCACCCGUGAAUAAUCUAAACCUUUUAGAGAGUGUGACUAUGGAGGAGUUAGCGAAAGUUCAAACACCUUGUGCAAGUCAUGCAUUUGCAGAGGAGGAGUUGAAGCAGUCAGGUGUUUUCAGGGGCUUAGAGUUUGUACCACAAUCAGCAAGCUUAGAAUCUGUAACACAAUCAGCAAGCUUAGAAUCUGUACCACAAUCAGCAGUCAUGGAAUUGAACAGCUCUAAGCAAGAAGUGAAUCUGGAUCCUACUUUUCCUAGCUUUGGUUUGAUCCCUGAGACUACUCCACCAAUUCAAGAGGACAUGCCACCACUGCCGCCCCUUCCUCCUAUGCAAUGGCGCAUUGGGAAGGCUCCACAUUCUUUUGUUCCGACCUUCAUGGGAGAAUCAGGCGAAACCAGUAGUUCUGAUCUCUCAGCGGCACCACCCAUUGGUUCUAGCUUGAAUAUUCAAACUGGGUCUAAACCAUCAGAGCUGUCUGUAUCUCUUGGAAGUGACAAAUCAGAACAAGUUUCUGAAGAUAUUGUGAACAAUGCAUCAGAAAAGCCGUUGCAGUCAUCCAUUCAGCUCCCAACCUUUGGCACUGAUUUAAAUAACCAAUUCGACAAUUCUGGAUCCCAGAGAACUCAGUCUGUGGAUCUUCCUGCUAAGCUCCUUACAAUGCCUAAUCACGGGCGUAUAGAGGAUUUUGGUUCUGAAGAGAACAAUCUUCUGGCUGACCAUGCAGCUCAGAACCAAGAGCUGGUUUAUUCACAAGAGACGUCACUGCAACUGCCUCAGGAUCCAUCCACUAAAUAUGAAGAUUUUGAGGACGACACAGAUGUGUAUGCCUCACAAAGCUCAAAAGGUCAUUACAAUGGUCCUGAAACCAUUGCCUUGACGCCAACUCAAUCAACAAAGAUAGAAGAUAAUGGUCAUUCUGCUCCUGAUGCUUCAAAUGCGGAUAUAGCAGAACCAUCAAACUCGUCGGUUGAGAAGAUAGUUCCUGCUUCACUGGGAGAUGCUAUGUGGCCUGUCAGCGCAUUCACUGUUGCACCUACCUUGGACACAGAUAAGCCAGAAGAGGUCCCUGUGGUUAGGCUUCCUCGGCCAAGAAGUCCGCUUGUUGAUGCUGUUGCAGCUCAUGACAGACGCACGAUGAAGAAAGUCUCUGAGAGGAUCCAACCACCAAUCAAAUCAAAGCAAGAUGACAAAGAUUCAUUGCUUGCACAAAUACGAAACAAGUCCGUCAGUCUAAAGCCUCCAGUAGCGACAAGACCCAUCAUCCAAACUGGUCCGAAAACGAACUUAAGGGUAGCUGCGAUCUUAGAGAAAGCAAACACAAUACGCCAGGCAAUGGCUGGAAGCGACGAAGACGAAGAUUCAGAUAGUUGGAGUGAUUCUUGAAUCAUGAUCGGUGGCUACACAGUUAACUUUUCCGUUGUGUUGGUUCUUGUUUCAUGAUGAGUGCGCAAGCAGCUUUGAGUCAGGUAGGUUAUACAAUUUCUAUUUCAGACAUCAAAUACGUACUGUCAUAGCUUAUAUAUAUGUAUGUAUAUUGUAUACUACUUUAUUUAUAGGUGUGUGCAUGUUGUAAGUAAAUUCCGGAAUUUGUAUUAGUUUUACGGAAGUUGUGUGGGUUUUUUUUCUCUUUCUCAUAGAACAUUCUUUUAGUGAUGUAAUGUGCUGUACUAAAUCAUAUGCGUAUGUUUCAAAAAUCA